AUGAUGGUACCUCGAACGUCAGGGCAUGGCCCGGCGAGCACGGGAGGGGAGGAGGACGAGCUGUUGGUGUUUGGAUAUGGCAGUACGCUGUUUGAGGCAACCCCGCGUGUUGUGCAGAGCAUCAACGAGGGACAUAGCCUGAUAGGAUGGCUUGACAGAGACGAUGUCACUUUGGACCGAUAUGAUGCACGGCUGUUGGUGGACGACUACCAGGUGAUUCGCAAGCAAAAGCGGCCCAACUCAUGUGACUCGCGACUAUUGUGCUUCAUCUCGAACACAACUCAAACAGAUGCGCAACGCAAGGCAUCUCCCAACCAACGGUUGGCCUUUAUGAUUGCAGAACAGCCAACCUUGCACAAGCGACAUCAUGAUACCAAUCGCGAUGCAUCUGGAAACGCCCGCAAUCGGUCACAGGGUGUUCGAGGUCAGAGCCGCCAAACGCGCAUUGAUUUGCAGGGCCGACCCAGCACGCGCCCGCAAGCUGGCAAUGGUGUGGGUGCCGCCAUUGCGCCACCCGAACAGCUGCGACAAGCCGAUGCCAACACUGCUUCGCUUGCAAAGGAUUCGAGCACACCAGCUGAGGAACCGUCCAAAGUAGAGGACUUGGAUCUGGCCGCGCCACCUGAGGACCUGGCUUUGCCGGAGUGUGUGGCUCAUUUAGCAGCACCAGCUCGGCCUCACACCCAACGCCAGCUCGAAGUCAUUGAGCGAACCACAAAGUUCCUACUGAAUAAUCCACCCCAAAUGGAGAUUGUCAUGCGGUCAAAGCAAAGCCGCAAUCCCUGGAUGCAGUUUCUCAACAUGAAGCAUCGCUUGUAUAAUUUCUAUGUGACGCUCAAACUUCAUUUGAAGGACGCCCCCGAAGAGACGAAAGAGACGACGACAACAACCCCAGCUUCAGGAGAAACCACAGCUGCUGCUGCUGCCGAAGUCAAGCCAGCAACUGCAUCCACUGACGCCAGCAGGUCCAACCCGCCCUCUAAGCGCCCGCGUCGCUGGGACCAGCGCCCUGACUCGGCUUGA